AUAAGCUAUAAAAUGAGCACUGAAACAGGCACAUUGUUUCAUUCUCCUCCUGAUCAGUGAUGGAUCUGCACCUGUCAGUUUUUCUUCUGUUCGUUCUGUUCACUGCAGGACACUCUCUCAACUGUUAUGAGUGUUUCAGUUCCACGGGUUCUUGUGCAACUCAGAAGUUAAAAACAUGUCCCAGUGGAUUUUCCAAGUGCAUCAGUUCAUUUGCAGUAACACAAGUUGGUGACAUUAGUACAAAAGUGAUUGUUAAAGAUUGUGCUCCCGACUGUUCAAGUCUGUCCAUGAACUUCGGCAUCAUAAAGACAUCUGUUUCCUGCUGUAACACUGAACUGUGUAACGUCAAAGAUGCUCCAGAUCCCAGCACUACUGUCCCCAAUGGAAAGACAUGUUACACUUGUGAUGACAAGAGCUGCUCAAAAGUAUUGAGCUGUACAGGGAGUGAAGAUCGCUGCAUUGCAGCAACAGGGAAUUAUGGAGGCCAAUCAGCUGUUGUAAAAGGCUGUGUCUCUAAAUUUAUUUGUGAUGCCACAGCGUUGGUUCCUAAUGUUCCUAAUGUUGAGGGCAUCGCGUGUUGUGAGGGGAACCUGUGUAACGGUGCUCAGAGUGUCACCCACAGCUUCCUGUUCCUCUGCUGUUCUCUGCUCUCCUACUUCCUGCUGCACUGAAUCCACAAGAUCUUUACAUUCUCAAAAUAGAGCUUGUGUUUCUUUGUACUACCUUGGGUGUCCUGAUGUGAUUUUUUUUUUUUUUUUUUUAGUCAGAAAAAUAUAUUGCAAUAAUAAAAUUAUUUUAUUGCAUAAAUAAAUGAUUUCAUACUCUCUAUUUGGGUGAUUCUCACGAAACCAUCCGUUUAAGCCAGGACUGGGCCUUAGUUAAAGCUGCAGUCCGUAAGUUUUGCCUCUUUGUCGCCAUCUCUGUUUGAAACCUGCAAUUGCAGUUAUAUGCGUAAUUAUUGUCUUUACGUGAGUUGUGCAUCAGCACGACUCCUCAGUUCUGAUGAAUCUAAUGUUUACUGUCAGUCACACACCGGUGUGGAUACUGUACUUCAUUUUAGUCUUGAAGUAUGACCAACAGAAGAAUUUUCACUGGAAAAUAACAUCUGAACAAGUAAGUAACAUGUCUGCCACUUUUGUUCUGGCCAAGUGAGGGAAAGAAAAACAUUACAGUAAACUGCUCUGCCAAUGUUGAUUAAAUCUAAUGAUCACUUAGCUUGGAUCACAUCAAACUGUUCAAAUUAUUAUUAUUGUUAUACUUUGUUCUCAAAUUGUUAAUGUUAACAACAUCAGCAUUGCGUGACUAUGCGUAUUUAGAGUAUAUUAGCAUUACCUGUAGAUUUAAAUUUCUGUAGUCACGCCGCAGUCCGACAAAUUUUGCUUUUGACUACGGGUGAAUCUCCAGUUUUCACUGAUGACUGUCAUUUGGACCUCAGCCGAAUCAUCAGAUGUUCUGCUGGUAUUGUGAAGCAUGCAAGCAAGGACAAUAGUGAAAAAUGGCAGAUGGAGCAAUAAUAACUGACAUGAUCCAUGAUAA